AUGGGCCAGCGGAUGGCCAAGAAUCGGAUGGAGACCGGCGUUCGGCUGUACCACGCCCGAAAGCCCGCCCAGGCCGUCGCAAAAUGGAAAACCGCGCUGACAAAGCUUACAAAUCCGGAUGAGCGAUUUAUCACGUUGGGCUAUUUAGCGCAGGCCUACUGCGAUUCCGGGGAGUACGAGUUGAUGCUAAAUUACGCACUGCAGCAAAUCGAGCUGGCCAACCAGCACGACGACGACUUCAUGAAGAGCGAGGGAUUCUUGAACCUGGCGAAGGCCUAUGAGAGACUUGCUGAUUUUACGAAGGCGCUUUCAUACGGAAAAGCCAGCAACCAACACCCAAGCAUGGACCCGAGGACGCCGGGAUACGCGCAUCUAGCCAUGGCCAUGGCACAUCUAGGAUUUUCGCAAUUUCAGCAAUCUUUGGAGAGCUUUGAGGAGUCGAUGAAUGUGGCGAACGAGACGUCGGAUCGAUUAUUGGAGCUUCAGAUUUGCGUCGGGCUCGGGUCGCUGUUUACGUUAUUGAGAGAUCUCACCAAAGCCCUUAUCUUUCUCCGAAACGCGAUGACGAUCGUCGAAUCGGUUACCGUAGAUGAUGUACACGCUAAAUACCGAUGCACCAUUCUCUACCACUUGGCCGUCGUGCUCCGGAUUCGGGGUAGUCUGUCGGAGGCGAAGGAUGCUUGCAAUGAAGCUCUCUCCUUGUGCGCAGACAGCGGAAAUAAAGCGCUACACGCCAGAUGUAUGGCCUGCCUGGCUGACAUCUACAGGGAGCUGGGUGAAAGUGAGGCGAAGGAGACGUUGACGAAAUCCUGGGCCCGCUACGAGGACGCUUUUCGGGUGAUGCGACAGACGAACGACCGGAUGGGCGAGGUGAUCGUACUCGGCUCGAUGGCCAAAUCCGCCUCGGAAAGCCGUUCCCAUUACACGGGCCAAUGCGAGUGCCAGGCCAUCCAGCUGAAUAAAAAGUGCUUGGAAAUCGCGAGGGCUAUCGGAUGUCGGCACGUGAUGCUAAAAUGUCACGUCCGGCUCGCCGAGCUCUACUCGCAGCUGAACGACGAGGACUCGGAGGAGGUGGCGAGGAAAGCGGCCAGUUCGUUGACCCAGGAAAUGGAGCUGUUCUGCAACUUUUGUGGGCAGCGUUUCGGGCUGAAAGACGAGUGCCUACAGGCGCUGCGGUGUUCCCAUAUUUUUCACGAAAGAUGCCUGCACACCUUCCUUCUCGAGCGUGCCGAUCAGACGUGUCCGAAGUGUCGAUGCCGGGCCAUCCUCUCGGAUAACAUCUCAAUGCGCACUCCGUCGAUAUGUAGCACUGCGGAACUGCAUAGUCCUUCCACCUCUUUCUUCCCACCGAUCGGUGGCGUCAAAACACCUCUGGUCGAGGCGGUAACGUUCCGGAAAAAGUCCAGCAUCGACGAAAAAGAUGGCGACAAGACGCCGACCUUGGAACAAAACCACGUUCCCCCAUCGCAGCAAGAACUGGAAUAUUUGGACGAGACGUUGCAGAGGUUGUCGAAGCGCCAGGAAACAUCUACACCAACGGAACGGCAGACCGGAAGGCCGGAUGGGACAAUAAUACUGAAGAAAAAGCCGCCACCACCGCCGAGGAAACCUUGCUGUACUCGAGAGUCCCUCCCCUCCUCGAGCCUCAUCUUCACCCUCCCACCCCCGACGGCUCUGAGUGAAAAUGGCCCCUUGGUCGUCUCCAGGGCCCCGACGAUCACCGACGUC